ACGAGCGACAACAAAAAAGAAGUUGCUUGAUCGAUAUCCGCCCAUUUAACGCGUUAAAUGGAGUUAUAAAGUACUUAAAAUGGAAAAAUUAGUCUUUAGCACAUUCCUUUUGUCAGUUUUAUUGGCGAAUUUGUCCGUGGCCAGUGAAGCAAUCGAUGAAAAUGGGUACAUUGUGUAUUGUCCUUGCAUGGGUCGUUUUGGCAACCAAGCAGACCAUUUUCUCGGCGCUUUAGGUUUCGCCCAUGAUCUCAAUCGAACUCUUGUGUUACCAGCAUGGAAUGAAUAUCGCCGUGGCGAGGUCCGUUCAAAGCAAAUUCCCUUCGAUACGUAUUUCAAGGUGGAACCUCUGCUGAAAUUUCAUCGUGUUGUCACCAUGGAACGAUUUAUGCGGGAAAUUGCUCCGGAAGUGUGGCCCGCCGACAAAAGAAUCUCCUUUUGUUACUCCGAACGUGUCGGUUUGGAUGGAAAAUCCGGAAAAGGUUGCAAUGCCAAGGACGGAAACCCGUUUGGACCGUUUUGGGAUAAUUAUGGCGUGGAUUUUGCAAGUUCGGAGUUCUUCGGACCAUUAACGUACGACGUGCAUCACCAAAAAAUGACCGAAAAAUGGGCUGAAAAAUAUCCAGCGGAUAAAUUUCCUGUUUUAGCAUUUACGGGAGCUCCCGCAAGUUUUCCGGUGCAAGACGAGAACCGACAUUUGCAUGAAUUUCUCAAGUGGAGUGACGCCAUUGAGCAAAAAGCAAAAGAUUUUAUCGCAAAAUCCCUUCCAAAGGGAGCUUUUAUCGGCAUUCACUUGCGAAACGGCAUGGAUUGGGUGAAGGCAUGCGAUCAUGUCACACAAACAAAGAACUUAUUCUCGUCUCCACAAUGUCUCGGGUACCGCAAUGAAAAAGGAAAUUUAUAUCCGGAGCUCUGUAUGCCUUCGAAAGAGACAGUAAUUCGUCAAAUAAAGCGACAAAUUAAGACAUUCAAGGAAUUGAACAAAAAUAACGAGAUAAAAUCCAUUUUUGUGGCGUCCGAUAACAACCACUUGCUGGAAGAUUUGAACAAAAAUCUCAAGCGAAUGGGAAUCACGGCAGUAAAAUUACCGGAAGAUAAUCCGCAUGUCGAUCUAGCAAUUCUGGGAAUGUCAAAUCACUUUAUCGGGAACUGCAUUUCGUCAUUUUCGGCCUUUGUGAAGCGGGAACGCGACGCAAAAGGCUUCCCAUCGACAUUUUGGGCUUUUCCGAAGGAGAAAAAAGAUCCCGUUAAGAAGGUGGAACAUGAAGAAUUGUAAAAAAUCCUCAUUUUUAUAAUAUAAUUUCUCUUUUUAUUAUUAUUAUCGUGUGUCAAUAUUGCAAUUAAUUACCUGAAAAGUCC